UAUCACAUUAAUCUCAAUCGGAAGAAGUGCAGCUCCCGCCCCUUUGCCGUCCAUUUCUGAAAUAAGCUCCUGGCCCCUUUGCCGUCGAUCUCCCCGCCGCGCGCUUCGAUCUCCGCCGUCUUCCCCGCCACCCUCUCCGAUAUCCGCCGUCUAUCUCUGCAUCUUCUCCCCAUCGUCGCCUUCAGUUGCUAUUGCCAUUGCUGGAACAAUGGUUCGAGGACCCAAAUGUGCUCGAAGGUUUGCUGAGUAUGGCUGUCUAGAUUCUACCUCAGUUUUGAGCUCAGAAAAAUCUAUAGAGGAACUUAUUCAACAGCCUCCUCUCCAAGGAAUCGAAGAUAAUCUGAUUGAGUUCUCUGAGGCUUUGAGAAUCUUGUCCUGUGCCCGUUUGCCAAUUGCUAGCUGCUGUGCCAUCGUCGUUGUGCUCUUACAUCAUUGUGUCCAGCAGCAGUCUCAGCUCAGAUUGCACAGCUCCAGACAGAGUUAGAGCAGACACAACAGAGAGAGGCUACUCUACAAGCUACUCUACAGGCUGAGGUGCAGGAGCGACGACGAAAAGAAGCAGAAAUGGAGACUAGGCAGUUGGAAAUGCAACAACAAAUUUCUCAGCUUAUGAAAUUCUUCCAAUCAUCCUCAGGGUCGUUCCCCCGUUCCUCGUCUCCACCCUAAAUACAUGUUUUGUACUUAUUAUAUAUUGUUCUAAGAUUUUUAUUUAGAUGUUUAUGAAUUUAUUACACUAACAGGUAUCCUUUAUGAUAUUUUAUUAGUUUGAUUUUGAGAUGAUUAUUAAUUUAAA